AUGAAGCGUCUGACAACAAGUCCCAUCUUGCUGUAUGGUUAUGUUCAGCUAAAGUGCAUCAUCAUCAGCAAUAUAAAUAGGGCGGAGGUUAGCGAUUUCUUCACACUCAAAAUGGUCAUCCUCGCACUGCUUGUUCUCUUAUUAGCUAGUGUCGACGCUUUCAGAUUCAAAAGCAUCGUGAUGAAUAUCACAAAAAAAGUGUUCGAGGAUGUGAAUAAGAAGUGGAAUCCAUACAUGAUAUGGGAUCCGACAUAUUCAAGAUGGGCAAUGAAUGACGCAUUGAAGAAGGGAAAAGGGCUUGUAGCUUUUAGUGAGACAGGCUGGACGAGGAUAGGAAAGAACAGGCUAUUUCGUAAGAACGAUACCAGAUCCCUUGAAGAAAAGGUGAAUUCCACGUUGCAGGAGUGUUUCGAGAAAGAAGGCGAAAAAGUCAAAGGAUUUCCUAAUGGUACAACUUACGGAUGCGACGGCAUUUUCUUCCCGCUUGAUUGGUGCGAUUACAUGAAGCUCGUGUGCUUUUACUUAACGUGA